AUGGCGGAAAAGUUGGUCCUGAAAGAAUGUGAGCCUUAUCUGGCUUAUGUGAGUGUUUCGAAUUCUGGGCACUUUUCUGUUAAGGAUAUCAGAACUGUAAGAGAUUUUUCGGAUGUCUUUCCUGGUACAGCUCCGAUUCUUCAUAAGAAACAGCUGUAUGCGAAGUUCAGCAAGUGUGAGUUCUGGCUUCAGGAAAUAACAUUUAUGGGACAUGUGGUUUCUGCUAAAGGGAUACAAGUUAAUCCUCGUAAGAUUGAGGCUGCAUUGGGUUGGAAACGGCCAAAGAAUGUAUCUAAGAUUCGUUGCUUUCUGGGGCUGGCAGGAUAUUAUCGACGUUUCGUAGAAGGGUUCUCUUUGAUCGCAGCCCUGAUGACUAAGUUAUUGCGUAAGGGAGUUCAUUUUGUUUGGAUUGAUGCACAACAGGAGAGCUUGAAUAAGCUUAAGACGGUUUUAACUCAGGCUCCUGUGCUGAUUUAG